UGCAGGUGUACUAAAGAUUAUGCAGGUGAACGAUGUGAAAUAGUAAUUGCUACAUCAGCGUUUGUAUUCUACAUGUCGGGAAGUGUUUCUGAUAAAAGUCAGCUUGCAGACGAUAUCGCCGAACUGUACAGUUUCUCCUCAGGGUCAACUGACGAGGUUGAAGUUGUUGUGUUGUCUGUAGAAGAUUAUGUUUCGGUCGAUACAGGAGAACCUGUGAGUAAAGUGGAAGUCAUAAUAAUGGUAAAUGGAACUGCACAGACUAACGAAGAAAUCAUGUCCGUAAUUACUGAAACGCCCACUGACGUCAUCGAGAAGGGUCUAGAUGCUGAAUUGUUCAUUGGCGAUGCAGUACCAAAGAAUGAGUACACUGAAAAG